AUGUCACAGCCACCGCUACAGCCUGCCUCCCUUUUGCCUGCUCCUUCUCCCUACGCUGGUCCGACUGGAGGUCUUACUGAGCGUCGUGAGCCUGCGUCUCGUCCUGCAUCGCCUGUUCGUACUGCGCGCGCUAGUGGUCGCGGGUCGCGUCAGCGUCCUCCUCCUGUCCCUGGCACGCACCGGAUGUCACUGCGUCCGUGCACUGCUCCUCUGCGUGCCCCUUUGCCUUCUCCUCCUGCUUCCUCUCUUCCUGCUCUUGCCGACCCGGAGUCGGACUCUCUUCGUGCUGCCAGUCCUACUGUCACGCGUCUCCUUGCUACUGCUGUCACUGACCCUUCCUUUGAGUCGUCUGCUGCGUCUGCCCUUGUCACUGAGCUUGUCGACUUUGCUGCGCGCUGUCGUCUAGACUACGCUGCCAGUCUUGUCGCUGAGUCUGAGUCUACCUGUCCUCCGUCCGUCGGGGGUGAGUGUGCCCUUGGCACGGACGUCCUUGAGGACAGACAGGAGGAGCUCCAGUGUCUGGCCGCCGUUUCACCUCAUCUCGCGUCUGUACUGCUAGCCCCUGAGGGAGACCCGGAUGCACCAGACAUCCCGACUCCGCGCUCUUACGCGGAGGCGAUAGAGGGUCCCUACUCCUCUCAGUGGCAGGCAGCUAUGGAUGCAGAGAUGGCUUCCUGGAAUUCCACAAGCACUUACGUUGACGCUGUUCCCCCUCCUGGGGCGAACAUAGUCAGUGGCAUGUGGAUUUUCAGGGUGAAGCGGCCGCCGGGUUCUCCGCCUGUCUUCAAGGCGCGUUACGUGGCUCGUGGCUUCAGUCAGCGGCAGGGGGUUGACUACUUUCAAACCUUCUCCCCCACCCCGAAGAUGACCACUCUUCGGGUUCUACUGCACGUUGCUGCUCACCGUGACUACGAGCUCCACUCUCUCGACUUCAGCACCGCUUUCUUGCAGAGCAGCCUGCACGAGGAGAUCUGGCUGCGUCGCCCACCUGGCUUCACUGGGUCUUUCCCUCCUGGUACCCAGUGGAGUCUCCGGCGUCCAGUUUACGGUCUCCGCCAGGCGCCACGUGAGUGGCACGACACACUGAGGACUACGCUGGCGGCACUUGGGUUUGCUCCUUCUACUGCCGACCCGUCGCUGUUUCUGCGCACCGACACCUCGCUGCCGCCGUUCUACAUCCUCGUGUACGUCGACGACUUGGUCUUUGCCACACCUGACACUGCUGGACUCGCCCACGUGAAGUCUGAGCUGCAGAAGAGACACACGUGCACUGACCUGGGUGAACUGCGUAGCUACCUUGGCUUGCAGAUCACCCGGGACAGAGCACGCCGCACCAUUACCCUGACUCAGUCACACAUGGUGCAGCAGGUCCUUCAGCGCUUCGGCUUCACGUACUCCUCGCCUCAGGCCACUCCUCUGCCUACUCGCCACUCGCUCUCAGCUCUGCUUUUGGAUGAGUCCGUAGAGUCGAGUGGCCCGUUUGCAGAGCUUGUUGGCUGCCUCAUGUACCUGAUGACCUGCACACGACCUGACCUUGCAUACCCUCUUAGCAUUCUCGCACGCUAUGUUGCUCCUGGGAGACACCGACCAGAGCACAUGGCUGCAGCGAAGAGGGUGUUGCGCUACUUGUGCAGUACGUCUGGCAUGGGGCUAGUGCUUGGAGGGCGCAGUCCAGUGGUCCUCACUGGGCACGCAGACGCUUCUUGGGCUGACGACCAGGCUACGCAGCGGUCGUCACAGGGUUACACCUUCAGUCUUGGUUCCGGCUCUGUUUUGUGGCGGGCUACCCGCUCGUCUUCUGUUCUCGGCUCCAGUUGUGAGGCUGAGAUCUACGCUGGGGCUAUGGCUACACAGGAGUUACGCUGGCUCACCUACCUGCUGACCGACCUUGGAGAGCAGCCUCGUUCUCCUCCAGUCCUGUACGUAGACAACAAGGCCAUGCUGGCCUUGUGUCGAGAACAGCGACUGGAGCACAGAACGAAGCACAUUGCUCUCCGCUACUUUUUUGCUCGUGAGCUACAGCAGCGUGGACAGUUGCGACUUGCGUACGUGGCCUCUGAGGCCAACACUGCUGAUGUCUUCACCAAGGCACUUGCGCCUUGUGAUCAUCAGCGUUGUUGCACGCAGUUGGGUCUUGUGCCUGUCUUGCCUCACUUGCUCUCCUCUUGA